CCACAUCUCACACUAUUUUUUUUUCUUUAUUUCUGAAUACUAUAUGCAUAUUUUGCUCUGCUUCCGUGGAUAGAGUUAUUUUGUGAGCGGUUCUUGCAUUGCACCGUAGAGAUUCUGUCAUGGAGAAGAAGAUUGUCGACUGUGUCGACCACGAACAUCCUUUGAUUCUCACCGAAAAUGUGAGUAAAGUUGGGACUCCAAGUUGCUAUGGGUGUGGUAUUCCCGUAAUUGAUUUGGAGCUCGCUUAUUCUUGCACAGUUAAAAAUUGUUCGAAUAGGAUUAUCCUCCACAAGAAAUGUGGAGAAUUGCCAAGUCAAAUUUUGCACCCUAAACACCCCGAGCAUCCCCUCUACCUAUUUGAUAACCACCCGGUAUUGAGUCAGGAUUGUGAUAUUUGUAUGUGCGAUAUUGGUAAGGAGCUUGCCUAUCGAUGUUCAAGUUGUGAUUUCGACAUUGACUUAAGAUGCGCAAGAAUACAUGUUGAUGAAAGAUUAGAGGGGAAAGUACAAGUAGAACACCCGAGUCACCCUGAUCACCCUUUGACACUAAUUAGAAAGGCCUCAUUUUCAUUUUAUUGUAAUGGUUGUGGCGUUAAAGACGUGGACAUGGCUUAUUUAUGCUCAUCAUGUGAAUUUAUGGUACACAAAACUUGUGUGUCGUUGCCCCUCAUUCUCCCCAUAAAUCCCCGAUACCACCACCACCAUCUUUCUCUUGCCUUUAGUUUUCCCAGGGAACAUUACAGAUAUAUACACGAUUGUGACGUCUGUCAUAAAAUAUUAGACAGAUCCUGUUGGGUCUAUUUUUGUGGUGAUUGCAGAUUCUUUGCGCAUAUCAGGUGCGUUGCCUCCACGACUGCUAAGACAGCAGAGCAAGACUCAAAUUUAGGAGGCGAUGGUAAUGAUGGUUUGAAUGUGAUUGAAUUCCCGCUACAUGCACAUGACAUAUCGAAGGAGUUAAUCACACCUUUUGUGAUGAGAGAAAAAGGUCUUAACAACAUCCCGGAUGUAACAGACAUGCCAGCAGAAGUGCAUAUGCCACAAACCACCGCAAGUUUUUCGUUUCUAUUCAACUAUCACAGCCAUCCUUUGCGCUUGGUUUCAGAAUUGUCCAAGAAAGACGAUGAAGUUGAUCACUACAAAAUGAUGGAUGAGAGAGAUGAAGAUGAUGAAUAUGAUGAGUUGAAGGUAUGUGACGUGUGUGUAACACCCAUACUUUCUUCUCCAUAUUACGAGUGUGCUCCUUGCAAAUAUUUUGUACACUCCAUUUGCUCCAUGUUUCCGAAAACUUUAUCAUCAUCAUCUUCUUCUUCGUCUGACCUGUAUGGUGAGUGCCCAAAAACACAUGAUAAAAACCAUAAACUCACACUCUACACAAGCUCUGGAUCCAUAUCUAUGGAUCCAGAGCUUGUAGGUGUGUCUCUUGUGGUUAUAUCACAAACGGGAUGGUGUACGAGUGUGAAGGGUGCAAGAUGAAGAUAGAUGUCAAGUGCGCUUCUCCACCGGCAACUAUCAGACACGCAUCUCACCCGUGUCACGGACCGCUGGUCUUGACUAGAAUACCACCAACAGAAGAAGCUGCCAAGCUGAAAAGUUGCCAUGGCUGCAAAUAUUUGUUGAAAAACCGCAUUGCAUAUUGCUGUAGUGGCAACGAUUGUGAAUUUGCGUUGGACUUGAGAUGUGCUAUGCUGCCGGCGAGCAUAACAAUGCGUGAGUGGGAUAGGCACCAUU